AUUUAUUUCCUGUUCAGAGUCAUGGACGAGUGUUCACACUGAGACAUGAGGGACGAGGAGCUGUAAUCGUCUGUUCUCCUUCUGGAUCAGUCUCUGUGAGGACAGGGGAGGAAAGGGGAGGACAGGGGACACCAUGGCAGAGCCCUUGCUAAAGAGAACGUUCUCCAGACUCAGAGGAAAAGAUCGAAGCCACAGGAAGACAAAGUCUAAACUCAGCGAUGAUCCAGAUAAGGUCAUGUCGUCUUACUCAGCUCAGACAUCAUCAUCACCAUCACUGACAACAACAGCGAGAACACCGCAACUAUCAGACCCUCCUUCACCAUCACCUAACCGCAUCACUGUUGCUAAGAAACAGCACUGGGUGAUGCAGGGGUCUGUUGCUCUGUCCUCAAGCCCCACCCCUAGGUCAUUUCCCUGGGACCACCCACUAGGGAUAUCCCAAGAUGCACCUGGGUGGACCUGCAGCCAAAUGCAGGAUAAGACAGUAACGUGCAGCCAGAGGAAGUUCGUCUAUCUUGCCUGGGACACGGCCAGUGCCCCCUGUCUUCCUGUCAGUUCUUCAACAGUGUUGCAGGAGGCCUCCCAGUCCACAUGGGGCUCCACUGAUGUCCCCACCACCUCCAUCAGUACUAAACGCUCUGGACAACGUGCCUACCUACAGAGCUUGGAUCGCAGCAGCCGAGCCUGGGUGCUGUCUUCAGGAAAGUCCCAGGCUUCAGAGGAUGUCUGUGGCCCUCUGGAGGACAGAGGCAGCAACAUCUGGUACAACCCGAUCCCAGAGGAGGAGGACACCCUGCACAGAGAGGUAGGGAGGAGGAGAGAGGAGAGGGAGAGGGAGGAGAGUUCAACAAAUAGGGUGGGGUCAGAAGAUACUAGAGGAGAGGAAGGAGGUGUCAGGUCAAUGGAGGCUCGUAGUGAUGAACAUCCACUGGAGGGCGCUAAUCCUAGUGUCAGCUACUGUACUGAUGACAUCACAGCAGAACUCACAGACCCCCUCCCCUUUGACUAUAGCCCUGCCUCCCAGAAGAAAGGAGGCAUAUCCAGUAGUGUGAUUGACAGGCUGAGGUCUCCUGGUACAGUGAGGAAACUUUCCCAAAAGAUGAAGAAACUUCCUGAACUACGGCGCAAACUCAGCCUCCGCUCGUCAUCUCGAGCUCAUCGCCAGGGAGAUGACAGCAGAGGAGGCAGGGACGAGUGUAGCAUGAGGAAUGUGACAUCAUUGUCGACUUUGUCCAACCAGAAUGUGAUCAGCAGAUAUCACUUGGACAGCUCCGCCCCACCCACUAACCCCCUGCGACAAUCAUUGAGAGGACGCUCCGUGAGUAAAGGAGGUCAUCUCAGUGAUGGAGAUUCUCCCGAACUGCUGCCACGGCCACAAGGUCCUAAACAUGCAGCUUCUCAGGAAAUGUUGUGCGAUAUGAGUUCGUUCAGGUUGUACCUGGGCUCUGAUCCACCUCGAUGCAGCCAGAGGGUGACGGGUUUACUGACAGUCCACCUGCUGGGCCUGGAGGAGAUGAAGACCAGGUCGGAGGGCAGUAAGGACGUCUUCCUCGCCAUUCAGGUUGAUGAUGUGACAAGAGCGAGGACCGCCCUCCUAAACCUGCGAAGCUCUGCCCUCUCGUUAAACCACACCUUCCACCUUGAGCUGGAGCAAGCUCGGCAACUCCGCAUUGUGGUGCUGACACCAGCCAAUCUGCAGACAGGGUGUGUGUCUAAACCAGGAUCUGAUGUUAAUCAAGCAUCAUGCGGUCCAACCAGCAACAGAGUGUGUUGUCUGGGAAGAGUCUCCAUUCCAUCACUGUUUAAAGGGAGUCGUAGUCAACAGCUGUGUGUGAAACUAGAGCCUCAAGGACUUCUCUACGUCAAACUGUCUCUGCACGAGAAGUGGGACAAACAGGUCAACACUGACACAUCACCCGUUAACGUGUUUGGGGUGGAACUGCACCAUCUGGUGGAGAAAGAGGGUAGUGCGGCUCCGGUGCCUCUGCUGAUCCAGAAAGCAGUGGCAGAGAUCGAACGGCGAGGACUGAAGGUGGUAGGUCUGUACCGACUGUGUGGAUCUGCCGCCGUAAAGAAGGAGCUCAGGGAUUGGUUCGAGCGGAACAGUUCAGCCGUGUGUCUCAGCGAAGACCUCUACCCUGACAUCAAUGUCAUUACAGGUAUUCUGAAGGAUUACCUGCGGGAGCUGCCAUCACCGCUCAUCACCAGGACUCUGUACCAGGUGGUCAGGGACACCAUGACCUUACGACCCUCACCCACGACUCCUGACCCUCAGCUGGCCCAGAGCACAGUGGGGUUGCUGUCCUGUUUGCUGCCCCCAGAGAGGGCAACUCUGUCGUUGCUGCUCGACCAUCUUAGUCUGGUGGCUUCCUUCAGCUCAUACAACAGGAUGACCCAUCAGAACCUUGCUGUUUGCUUUGGCCCGGUGCUCCUCACCCCGACCCAAGAGGCCUGGAGGGGUGGAGGGGGAGGAGGGAGGGGAGCAAGGGGGAAAGGGUUCGGUGAAGAGAUGGCGAGUGCAGUGGAUUUUAAACGACACAUUGAGGCAUUGCAUUACCUGCUGCAGCAGUGGCCAGUGCCAGCACAUGACCACACCCGCGACUCUGCUCCUCCCUCACCCACCCUUCCCCAUCAUCCCCUGGGACUGCAGCAGCGGCGUCCUGUGCUACGAUUAGCGAUGCCUCAGAAUCCUGAGGGGGAGGUGGUGGUGUCACGGCGGGGUCGAGGUGGUCAGUCCCGACUGGAGAGUCCACCGCCAAUCAACCGCUACGCCGGAGACUGGAGUGUCUGUGGUCAAGACCUUCUCUUGGCACAGGAGGCGGACUACGACGAGGUGGCAGGAAGUGACAGUGACAGAGAAAGCGGCGAUGAAGAAGUGGAGAAGAAGGACGUGUGGUCUUCAGGAGGAGGAGGUCUGUAUGUCGAAGACUUCCUGGACUUUGAUGCUCCGUUCAACUGUCGACUUAGUCUGAAGGACUUCGACAACCUGAUCCACGACCUCGACCGAGAGCUUGCCAAACACAUUAACAUUUGUCUUUAGAGGAAGAGGAGGAGGAGGAGAAAGACAAGGCUGUCUGUGCCAAAAAAACAACAAACCAGAAUAAUUUAUUUUUGUGAUAUGAAGGAACAAAGAUGCUGUUGGUUCUUGUUAUGAGAAGAACAUAUGAGGUUCCGUGUUCUCAUCAUGUUCUUUCACUUCCUGUCACAGUCAUGUCCUGAAGACACUGAUCAGUGUCGCUGUUGUUUUUGUUGUUGUGAAUAUCAGGGUCACAUCGAUCAGCCAUAAGAAGCCAUUUUUCACUUGUCAAGCUGGAUAACUGAAAGAGAUCCGAGAUAUGUUAAACUUCAGCCUCCAUUUUGGAUCACUUGUGGUCCUGCAGCGCCCCCUAUGUGUGUGGCAGCAGAUCUUAUUUUAGCGGUACAGAGUUUGACGCUCACUGUGUCACUGUAGUUUUCAACAGUAUUAAUUUGUUUUGCACAUACUUCAGUAAGCACUUACGUUUUUUAUUGACGAUGUUUCUAUGCAGACGAUGUAACAAUGUUUCUAUGAUGAUGUAACCAAAGUGUCGAAGCACAGUUCCUGUUGGAACAAACUGUACUUUUUAACCUGAACAAUUCUAACUAAACACUUUAUUAUUAUCAGCUGGAGUAGCAGCUCAUUGG